AUGGCAGGUAACUUAUCCCAGUUCUACGUCGAGGAUGAUUCGCCGGAGAUUGUCUACUUCCCAUUCGUGGACACAACUCUCAGCCCAAACCCUUCUGCAGGGUGGGAGCAGUUCUACUCGGGUUCAGGUGCUUCUUCUUCUCCGGGUCAGGUUGGCGCAGGAGACAGCACUGGUAUCGAUCUCCUGGGUAAUACUCAUGAAGCAACCUAUCAAAUCACAUUGGACGGAAUUGACAUAUCUCCAAAUACAUCUGACCCGGAUUCCAUCCUUGCAUCCUUUCACGAUUUAAACAACACAAAUCACACCUUGUUAUUGACGACUAUCACGAACCAAACUACUCCAGACUCAUAUGUGGCUUUCGACAAGGCUCUCAUUACCUAUACAGCCCCCCUUGGCGUUGUCAACUCAACGGCCAACUCAACGACCAUCGACGACGAUAAUGACAUCGCAUUUGUGGGCCGGUGGAGUUAUGUCACUGACAGCACGGGAAGUUCCAUGCAUAUGUCUAAUACUGCCGGUGACCGCGCUCAGACGACCUUCUUAUGUUGGUCUUAUUAUGUUCCUAAUCUGAUUCCAGGAUCGGCCUUAACUGUUUACGGCCUCGUGUCUUCAUAUUCCGGAAAUUAUUCUGUCACAAUCGAUAACAUCACCACCACCUUCUCCGCUCUAUCCUCGUACAAUAAUUCAAAUGCACUGCUCUUCUUCGCAACCGAUUUGCCUCAAGAUAUUCCUCAUACACUCAUUCUCACCAACACUCAGAACACAACUUUUGCUCUGAGAGUUGGCGGGAUGAAUGUCACUACGUUUGGCAAUAUGACCAUUACCACCUCUACCUUGGCUUCGUCAAGCAGCCCAAAUCAUCGCGGAAUCAUUGCUGCUAUUGUACUCGGUGUGGCUCUAUCGGUCAUCCUGGCAUGCAUCCUCGUAUACUGGCUAUUUGUUGUCCGCCCCCGUGCUCGUAGGAGGCGGAAACCGCCAUCGAGCUCCUCCCGCCGCCAAAGCAACAGGAACGUGACGGACUCAGAAUGCGUCAUUGACAUUAGCUCUCCAGGCGAGGAAGAGACCGAAAUGGCAAGCUUGAGUACCAGCAAAGGGUACGGAUUCGGGCUCGGCUUGCAACGCACUUUCCCUUUCUUCCACAAAACAAAAAGCAGAGGCAGUAGCAGCGGCCAUGGUGACAACACACGGUCGCGUUCCGUGUCCCACGUUGCAAUUCCUCAUGAGGAACGAGACCACGACAAGCGCUUGUCGACCAACACACUCACCGUAGAAUUCACUGCCUUGGGUUUUCCACCGGAAUCUGAGAAACUAGCGCCAGGUUGGAGCAAUCCUGUCGCGCACACGUUGUUUGGUUCCAUGGGGAAAGGACACAUACAAAUGGGAAAUCACAGAGUGACACUUCCGAAAUUGCGUGUGGGAGGGGUGGGCGCGGAGGACGUGUACGAUGACGAUGAUGCGGAUGCCAAGACCCUCACAUCACGGCAAGAUGAAACACUUGUUGCGACGCUCUCCCUCAGCCCGCGGACGUCGGAAGCGCCAGGCCUCUUCUCUUCCCCGUUGCGCUCAAUUACGGGAAUAGAGGGUGCCGUAACGGAGGAGGAUGGCAGGGAGUCUGCGUCUUUUCGACGGGGCUCACGACUUCUGGAAGUGAGAGAGACGAGCCCGUUCAGGGUAGAUGUGGGAGCUAUUCUUGGCCAGCUUACGGGACGUCAGGACUCACGACGGACGAGUGUGAGCGGGGCUAGUAGUUGGUCUCGGGUUUGUGCCAGACUCUACCGAAAAGCCCACAGAGACGAUGGGAAGCAAAGCAUCCACGAGGACAAGCCUGAGAGCUCCAGUCCUGAGUCGGUCCCGGUUAUCAUGCUCCACUCGGAAUCAGAGUCGCCUCCGAGCGAGAAUGCGCCUGCCUCAGGAACCUACUCAUUUCUCGACUUCACCUCUUCGCAUCAUUCGUCGUUACGUCGGCAAUCGAAGGCCACUACGCUAAGCUCAGCUGCAGCUGAAUUGGGGCAUAGCGGGGACCACACGCCAUGGAGCGAUAAUAUGUCCAUGCGGAUGGUGCGCAUUGAACGUGAUAGACCUAGUGAAACAAUGCGUCCUGGACCUGAUGCUCCUUACACUGCGUCUCAGGGGUCUCACAACGGAACUCCUUCAGAUAAAUCCAAUGCUCAUUCCUCGCCGUCUGCACCCGCUACACACACUACUCACGGAUCCUCAUUUCCCUUCCCUAUCACUAUCCCGCCUUCAUCACAUAUGCCACACCCCUUUAAUAUUGACUACCAGCGCGAAAGCGAGCACGAGGAACUCCACUCCUUCUCACCCCCUCGUCCACCAUCACCCCCAGAAAUCCAGCAGGUGCUGGCACCUCCGAAACCCCUACGUUCAAGUAUCCCACCAGACGCGAGCUCUCCCACAGAGAGCAUACCUUUCUCUGUAUCUGUAUCAGACUGUCUAUUUCCGCCACAGAAUAGCGCAGCCUCCGCCCUACCUCCACAUCCGCCUCUCCCUAGCUCGCAGCCGAACUCCCCACCGCCGUACAUUGUGCAGCGUGUGCUCGGAAUGACACCCGUUACUUCACACACUCCUGCGGCCCGUCUUGCGGCUGGUCAUGCAACCCAUUCACCAACAAUUGCAGAGCGGAUAGUUCGUCCUGUAACAUCCCCUCGAGGAUCUGCUCCCAGAGCUCCCUAUCGGGUGGGCUCGCUGAUUGGUCCCAGACCUCGGCCUUCGACAUCCGGGUCGUCAGGCUUGCAACUACCAUUACAAGGCUCGUGGAGUCGUGGACAGCGGAGUGAAUCAGAUGACAAGCAGCCGUCUUCUCAGAGAUAA